CGAUUUUACCGUUAAUCUUCGACCAAAUCAGCGAAUUUAACCAAACCAUGUUUACAGAUGGAAUCAAGAGGCUAUUGACAGAAAUAAAUCUGAGCUAACUUCCCGGGGGGCAAUUUAAAGAAGUUGCUGUAGUUUUCUAAAGUCCCUUGUAACUUUCAAGGUUUGAAAAAAGAGUAAUUCAUUGGCCUUUAAGAAAAGGCAUGCCUGUCAGAAUCAGUUUGGAGGAUUAUUGGAGAGCUAAUUUUACGCGCUUUCAUAAAGCGUUCAUUUCAUAUUGUAUCUGGUCUAUUUAGUUUUCUCUAAAUCGCUGUCCGCCUCAUCUUUGGAGUAUUCAAAACGGAGCGACAGAGAUAACUGCCCCUCGGCGACUGCACCUCUAUCUGGGCUGAUUUGAAGACCGCGCUAGUUACUUUGUGUAAGCGAGGUUGCGGGUUGAUUACCAUAGAGGAGGAGCCGUGCUGUUCUACCCCUUCACCCCACUCGCCAUCAGGUGUUUGUCGGGAAGAGGUCCUCUACGAAAAAGACAGAACUCUGUGACAGUCUGGCGUGCCGACGUGAACCGAGCUGAGAAACCUUCACAGCGGACUUCUGCUUGAACGGAGAGAGUGAGAAAGAAACCAGAUAAAUAACCGAAAAGACGCCGGACGCCUGCAAACCUGUCCGGUCACGUCCACCACUUUAUUGCAGCUUUGAUCGAGACCUCUCUGCCUGGAGUUGGAUUUUAAAUGGUCUGCUCUUUCCGACUUGUCGGUGACAAGAUGAUGGAUGCGUGAGGUGGAAAUCAAUACCUCCCAUCGCCGAGUGACCUGCCAGCGCGUGCACCGAAAGCUCUUUGGACAAACGUACACCGACAGCUCUCUGCAACUCACGCGGUGAAGCAGAGAAAACUGCAACUGCUUUCUCACCUGGUGUCCCUGCGCUCAGGCGUGCAAGUGUGUGAAUGUGUACGUGAACGAAGAACCUCAUUUCAGAAGUGUGUAUGCGCACGCGUUUGUGUAUAUUAAGGCUGUACACAUUGGCUAUCGCAGGGAAAUGUUUAACUUAGUGUGACUCGCUGCCGCAGAAUGUGUGUUUGAGGUCUGCCCAGUCAAUGUGCCGCACUUACGUCGCCCCUACAAGUGACUUUUAUAUCGUGCCCUUGCUACAAAGCCACUUGAAACCUUCACGUCGAAUGGCACGCUAUGAAGUAUAAUUUUUCUACUGUAUUAUAGGUGAAGAAAUACCAUUUCAAGGAGGCAGAGAAACCCGGGAAUAUUUCGAGAUUCAAGUGACCAUCACCUCAUUGUCUGGGUGGAAAUAAAGCACACACUGGGGACCCUCCUUAACAGUGAAGCAAAGUCGGAUACAGCCUAAUAACUUACUGCAAUUAUGGUCGUAUUUAGACAGGCCGCGGCUUUGAGUUUGUUGGUGGCUUUUUUCGGCGCGGUGGAGUCGCAGCCAUGCCCGGCUCCGUGCUCUUGUUCGGGGACCACGGUGGACUGCCAUGGUCAGGGGCUGCGCAGCGUACCGCGGAACAUCCCCCGCAACACAGAACGACUGGAUUUGAAUGCAAACAACCUGACAAAAAUCACUAAAGCAGAUUUUGCUGGAUUGAGGCAUCUCAGAGUUUUGCAACUGAUGGAGAAUAAAAUCACUACUAUAGAGAGAGGAGCCUUUCAAGACCUCAAGGAGCUGGAACGACUACGUCUGAACCGGAAUAACCUCCAAGUUUUCCCUGAGCUGCUGUUUCUGGGGACUCUGAAGCUCUACAGACUAGAUCUCAGUGAGAAUCAGAUCCAAGGCAUCCCCAGGAAAGCUUUCAGAGGGGCUGUGGAGAUCAAGAACCUGCAGCUGGAUUACAACCAGAUCAGCUGCAUCGAGGAUGGAGCGUUCCGUGCGCUGCGUGACCUGGAAGUGCUCACACUCAACAAUAAUAACAUCACCCGUUUGUCUGUGGCCAGUUUUAAUCACAUGCCCAAGCUCAGGACUUUUCGUCUCCACUCCAAUAAUCUGAUGUGUGACUGCCAUGUGGCCUGGCUGUCGGAGUGGCUGAGACAGCGCCCCCGCCUGGGCCUCUACACUCAGUGCAUGGCCCCGCCUCACCUCCGCGGACACAAUGUGGCUGAGGUGCAGAAGAAAGAGUUCGUCUGCACCGAUGAGGAUGAAGGGCAUCAGUCAUCUGCGUCCUGUAGUGUAUUGCAGUGUCCAGACUCCUGUACCUGCAGUAAUAACAUAGUGGACUGCAGAGGGAAGGGGCUGACGGACAUCCCCACCAACCUGCCAGAGACCAUCACAGAAAUCCGCUUGGAGCAGAAUUCUAUCAAGAUUAUUCCGGCAGGAGCCUUCGCACCAUACAAACGGCUAAGGAGAAUAGAUCUGAGUAAUAACCAGAUAUCUGAAAUGGCUUCCGACUCCUUCCAAGGUCUUCGCUCCCUCAACUCAUUGGUCCUCUACGGCAACAAAAUCACCGAGCUGCCCAAAGGACUGUUCGAGGGCCUGUUCUCUCUACAGUUACUACUUCUGAACGCCAACAAGAUCAACUGCUUGCGAGUGGACGCUUUCCAGGACCUCCACAACCUCAACCUCCUCUCCCUCUACGACAACAAGCUCCAGACCAUCGCCAAGGGAACCUUCUCCUCGCUGCGGGCCAUCCAAACACUGCACCUGGCUCAGAAUCCAUUCAUUUGUGACUGCCAUCUGAAGUGGCUGGCUGACUACCUCCAGGAGAACCCCAUCGAGACCAGUGGAGCCCGCUGCACCAGCCCCCGCCGCCUGGCCAACAAGCGCAUCGGCCAGAUCAAGAGCAAGAAGUUCCGCUGCUCAGCUAGAGAGCAGUAUUUGAUCCCAGGUGCUGAGGACUACCGCUCUAAGCUGGGAGGAGACUGCUUCGCUGAUCUGGCCUGUCCAGAGAAGUGCCGCUGUGAGGGCACCACCGUAGACUGCUCCGGCCAGAAGCUCAUCAAGAUCCCUGACCAUAUACCUCAAUACACCACUGAGCUGCGCUUGAACAACAAUGAGUUCACAGUCCUAGAGGCCACAGGAAUCUUCAAGAAGCUUCCUCAUCUCCGCAAAAUCAACCUAAGUAACAAUAAGAUCACAGACAUUGAGGAGGGCACCUUUGAAGGAGCCACUGGCGUGAAUGAGCUCAUCCUGACCACCAACCGCCUGGAAAACGUCCAUUUCCGCAUGCUCAAGGGCCUGAGUGGCCUACGGACACUGAUGCUGAGGAGUAACAAGAUCAGCUGUGUGAGCAACAGCAGCUUUACAGGACUGAGCUCAGUGCGGCUGCUCUCUCUCUAUGACAACCAGAUCACCUCCAUGUCCCCGGGCGCCUUCGACACACUUCACUCUCUCUCUACACUGAACCUGCUGGCCAAUCCAUUCAGCUGUAACUGUCACCUGGCCUGGCUGGGAGAGUGGCUGCGCAAGAAGCGUAUCGUCACCGGCAACCCUCGCUGUCAGACUCCCUACUUCCUGAAAGAGAUCCCAAUUCAGGACGUGGCCAUCCAAGACUUUGCCUGCGAGGACGGUAAUGAUGAGAAUAGCUGCUCUCCACUGAUGCGUUGCCCUGCUGAGUGUACGUGUUUGGACACUGUGGUGCGCUGCAGCAACAAAGGCCUCAAAAUACUGCCCAAGGGCAUUCCCAAAGAAGUUACAGAGCUGUAUCUGGAUGGAAACCAGUUUACUCAAGUCCCUCUGGAGCUCUCCAACUACAAACACUUAACUCUCAUUGAUUUAAGUAACAACCAGAUCAGCACGCUGUCCAACCACAGCUUCAGUAACAUGUCCGAGCUGCUUACUCUAAUCCUAAGUUAUAACAGGCUGAGGUGUAUUCCAGCAAAAGCAUUUGAUGGACUCAAAUCUCUUCGUCUCCUAUCACUUCACGGAAAUGAUAUUGCUGUUAUCCCAGAGGGAGCAUUUAAGGACCUGGCUUCACUAUCCCACCUGGCUCUGGGGGCGAACCCGCUGUACUGUGACUGCAACAUGCAGUGGCUGUCAGACUGGGUGAAGUCUGGCUAUAAGGAGCCUGGCAUCGCCCGCUGUGCAGGUCCAGGAGACAUGACUGACAAACUGCUGCUCACCACGCCCUCCAAGAAGUUCACCUGCCAAGGUCCAGUGGACGUGAGCAUCCUGGCCAAGUGUAACCCCUGCCUGUCCAACCCCUGCAAGAAUGACGGCACCUGCAACAACGACCCAGUGGACUUCUACCGAUGCACCUGUCCUUACGGCUUCAAGGGUCAAGACUGUGACACGCCCAUCCACGCCUGCAUCACCAGUCCCUGUCAGAACGCUGGCACCUGCAACCUGAAGGAAGGAGAGGAGAACAGCUUCUGGUGUGCGUGUCCAGAAGGCUUUGAGGGAGAAAAGUGUGAGAUUAACAUUGACGACUGUGAAGACAAUGACUGUGAGAAUAACUCCACUUGUGUUGACGGCAUCAACAACUACACCUGCCUCUGUCCAGCAGAGUACACAGCCGCUAAUAACAAUGAGGUGGAGAAAGGUGAACUCUGUGAGGAGAAGCUGGAUUUCUGUGCCCCUGAGUUGAACUCGUGCCAGCAUGAAUCCAAAUGCAUCUUGACUCCUCAGGGAUUCAAGUGUGAGUGCACUCCUGGCUAUGUUGGAGAGCAGUGUGAAGUGGAUUUCGAUGACUGCCAGGAUAACAAGUGUAAAAAUGGAGCUCAGUGCAUUGAUGCUGUCAAUGGCUACACCUGUGUGUGUCCAGAGGGUUACAGUGGUUUGUUCUGUGAGUUCUCCCCGCCGAUGGUCCUGCCUAGAACCAGCCCAUGUGAUAAUCAUGACUGCGCCAAUGGGGCCCAGUGUGUUGUCAUGGGCACAGACCCAGUGUGCCAGUGUCUCCAAGGUUACGAAGGUCCACGCUGUGAGAGGCUGGUCAGCGUGAACUUUGUGGACAGGGAGUCCUUCCUACAGAUCCCCUCCAACAUCAUUACAGAACAAGCAAACAUCUCUCUGCAGAUUGCCACUGAUGAAGAUAACGGCGUGCUGCUGUAUAAAGGAGACGGGGAGCACAUAGCGGUGGAGCUGUUCCGAGGCAGGCUGCGCGUUAGCUACGACACGGGCUCCUACCCCCCCUCUGCCAUCUACAGUGUGGAGACCAUAAAUGAUGGGAGCUUCCACGUGGUGGAGCUGGUGGCCCAGGAGCAGACCCUCUCUCUGUCCAUUGACGGCGGCAGCCCCAAGACCAUCAGCACCCUCAACAGACAGACCACUCAGCCCAACCCGUCGCCACUCUACCUAGGCGGUCUUCCAGGUCAGGUGGGCGUGGCCGCAUUGCGCCAGGGUCACGGCCGCAACGGCACCAGUUUCCACGGCUGCAUCCGUAACCUGUACAUCAACGGGGAGCUGCAGGACCUGACGCAGUUCCUGCUGCAGUCGGGCGUGCUGCCGGGAUGCCAGCCCUGCAGCCGGCCCCAGUGCACCCACGGCACUUGCCACCCCACGGGACAGUCCUCCUUCAGCUGUGAGUGCGAGCCUGGCUGGACUGGCCAGCUCUGCGACCAGCAGGUCAACAACCCCUGCGAGGGCAACAAGUGUAUCCACGGCACAUGUUUGCCCAUAAACUCGUACUCCUACAGCUGCCGCUGCCAGCCGGGCUUCGCUGGUGUGCUGUGCGAUGAGGAGGAGGUGUACAGCCCGUGCCAGUCGCUCAAGUGUAAGCACGGCACGUGCCUGGUGUCUGGACUGGGCAAACCUUACUGCGAGUGCAGCGCGGGCUACUCUGGAGAGAGCUGCGACAGAGAAGUGGCAUGUCGAGGCGAACGGGUCCGAGAUCACUACCAGAGGCAGCAGGGCUAUGCGGCGUGUCAGACCACGGAGAAGGUCUCCCGGCUAGAGUGCCGGGGCAGCUGUGUGGGGGGGCAGUGCUGCGGGCCGCUCCGCAGCAAGAGGCGGAAAUACACCUUCGAGUGCACAGACGGCUCCUCCUUCGUACAGGAGGUGGAGAAAGUGGUCAAGUGUGGUUGUACGAUGUGUCCAACCUAGAGAGGGCCCCCCACACUCCCAAAACCCACCUCUCACCCCCUUCUGUCUUGCGCCCCCCCCCCCCCCCCCCCUCCCCAAACCUGUCACCACCUCUUGUCCAGAUCUCCUCUUCUUUUGGAGUUACACACCCCCCUUUUGCUUUUGUUUUGUUUCAUUUUUGUGUCAUUUUGUUUUUUUUAUGUACAUUUUUUUGUUAUGCCGGACUAAUGUAUGCUUCCAUAGUGGAGUUGUUGAAUUAUUGUAAAAUACAGAACAAACUUAUUUUUUAUUAUGAAGCGGAGAAAAACAAAAAGACAAAAAAUAGAGUUGACUGUUAUUUUUUUCUUCAUUUGCCAUCCCUCUAGGAACUGUGACCUUUUUUCGUUUGCUGUUUUUCGGUCUCAUUUUUCUGUUCCCAUGAACGCUUGCGUAGCAGACAGUGAGCUACGAUGUCAGGAGCUCGGCACUGUCUUCUCUGUUCUAAUGGAUGGCUUUCAUAAGGACAUUAGAGGAUAGACUCUUCCCAUUCUGACACACAGGACAGCAAACAAAAUGGCUGAUGAACACCAUCACCACGGAGAUGAUGAAUCGCCAAAGCCUCAAAAACAUGGACAGCUGUCCUAAAGACUCACACAAUGUCAUAAUGUUACAAUUUCUCUUUCUCUCUCUCUCUUGCACACACACACACACACACACACACAAACACACACACAAUACUUCCAUUUGUCUCUCCCAAACCCAUAUCAUUUUGUCAACAUGUUUGUAUUGCAAACACACACACACAAAGAGAAAAAAGCAUGUAAAGCUCCUUGUCUCCAGUAUUACUGUGGAACUAUGGUGUUGGGGGAUUGCAGGGUAGGUGGGAAGGUGUACCAGGGUUACAGUGCUAAACUCUACGUUGGAUUCAUAUCAUACUUCAUUAUUAUGUCUCUGUUGGCACACCAUAUCGCUCACAUGUAUUUAUUGUAUCAAAAAACUUUUACAGUACUUAUUCAGUAGAUCUUCCCCAUGUAUUGCAGUUCGAAUCUCUUAAUAUAUAUUAAUUUAUAUUGUCCUUCUGUUAUGAUUGAAUUAAACAUAAUAUCCUGUUGGGUAGUUUGACUAACAUUUGCGUCCUUCUCAGUCGAGAGGUUGUUUGACCACUGAGACUAUUGUAUUUUACCAGAAACCUUGGUGACAUUUUAAUCUUCAAAUGUGAAGUGAAAGCAUUGUAUAUUUUUGUCAAAUCACCUGAAACUUUGUACUGUGCCAGAGAUGAUCUUUAUAUUAGAGUUUCAAUGUAUAGUUCAAUUUCCCCUCGUAUUUUACAUAGAGUAAAAGCCGUGUUUAGAGAGAAAUAAAAUAAACUUAGAAUACGUAAAAAUCUUUUAAAUAAUGUUCUCCUCUAAGAUGAUCCUUUUUAACAAAAUACUGUGACUUUUUCUAAACAAAACUACUUUGUUAUCCCUUUUGUUUCUGACGUUAACAUGUUGCUGCUAAAUUUGUAUUGUAGACUUGGAUGAUAAUCUGUGCCGUAGUGGACAGUGUGCCGCGGUAAAGCGGAACGCGUCGUAUUACCAAGAAAAAUAAAGCUGUCCCUCCCUGUAGACUGUGUUCCAUCCGUACUCAGACUAAUGUCAGUCCCAAUACUGAUGUUUGUUUAAUAAACACGAUAUUUACCUCA